ACGCGACUUGCCGUGCCUCGAGAGCGGAGGCGACGUUCCGGGGCGGUGGCAACAGCAGCAGCAGGGGGCAGGGCGUGAGGUUUGGGACUUCCGGGGCAGCAGUCGGCGCUUUUAUGGGCGUCGUGGCAGUUUCCGGGGCAUUUCGCCUCAUAGUCAGAAACCCACCGCGGGUUCGGGUCCACGUUGGGUGCUUGACUCGGUCCCCUAUUCAUAAUCGCUUCCUCAGCCCCGCGUCGCGGACGAACGCAUCCAUGGCCAGCAGAGAAGUCCAUCCGCCUCCUGGAAUCCCGUGCGGCGACCCAGGAGAUCCGUACCACCCAGGAGAGGGCCCAGCGCCAACUCCGCUGCUGCUGGCGGGGCCCUCCCUGGCCACGGCGCGGGACUGCCGGCUGCUCGUGGUGCUGCGCGGCUUGCCGGGCAGCGGCAAGUCGACUCUGUGCACCCGCAUAGCCGCGGCGUUGGACGCGGGGGACGGCGGCGCGACCUCGGUGGCCGUGGUAUUGGCCGACGAGACGGCCCUGACUGCUGCUCAGGCCGCGCGCCAGCACGACGACGAGGGCGACGUGACGGAGGAGACGGAUGGGGACGAGGCGAAGGAUCCGCAGAAGAGACUGCGUCAAAAGAUUCGAAAGAAGUGCGCGGCGGGCGUGGACGCGGUGAUUGUGGAUGGCACGAACCACGUAGCGAGGAGCGUGCUGCGACUGGGCGCUACCGCCCGCUCCUUCGGCUACCUGACCCUCAUCGUGUGUCCCACCACACCGUGGAGGGACGACUGCUGCACCCUGGCGAGCAAGACGCAUUGGGGCUGGGGAGUGCAGGCCAUCGAGGCCCUGCGGCACAGUUUGCAGGAAGCGCUGGUGCCGCUGUAUUUCGGUUGGUUCCUCACCAAGGGCAGCGUGCAGAUGAUGUGCCAAAUUUCGGACGCCUUUCUGCUGAAGAUCGCAACCAUUUCAGAGUUUGCGUCCGAAUUCCAGCCGUACAUGAAGUGGCAGGAUGAGCAAGACCAGGGGAUGGACCUUGGCUCCUACUUCAGUCGUUCCAUGUUUGUCGGAGGCCCCAACGUGCUUCACUGCACAGCCAUGUUCUGUGCCAACGGUGAGGUGCCAGGGUCCGAGGAAUAUGCCACAUCACAGGCCGUUCAAGAAUCAUGUGGUCACGCCUUCAUGCUACAAGUGACUGCCUUGCUCGUGACACCACGUACCGUUGGGGCACGCGUGCAACUCACUGCUGCGCAGAUGGCACUGUGGGAUCCUAACGACUGCAGCAGCCACUUGGCCAACCACAUCGACGCCACCAUGCAAACCCAACCUCCAUGUCUGACCGACUGCACAGCUCCCAAUCUGCCCAGGGGCAGCAGGGCACACAUCUCACUGGGGUGUGCCCCAGGUGUUGAGCCGGUGCAGACUGGUGUAGACCUGCUGGACAUACUUAAGUGCAGCACCAACCCAGAAAAGAGGGUAAAGCUGCCAAUGGGAGAGCUGUGCUGUUAUGGGGCUGGACGCUGGAUAGUUAAUUUGAACAAGGCACACCUGGUUACCACACUCUUCACAGGUGCCUAUGCACAAGCCACAAGGCCAGUGUGGUUUGGUACAAAAACUUAACCCUUGACAUGUUGCAUUAAAUUGAUACUUGAGAUCAACAGCUGUGAAUGUUUGGGUCAAUAAACAAGCAACACCAUUUUGAAGGUUCAAGUUUAUUUCAAAAUAAAUACAAGACUUGAAAUCCC